AUGGAUUUGGUUCGUGCAGAGCGCUUUCCCAGGAUACAGCAGGACGCGCUGCUCCUCGGGAUGAGUGGUUUUCCUCGGCCCGGCGGCUCCAGGCGCACUGCGCAGCAUCAGCAGUCCAGCAGGCUGCCGCUCUACAUGAUGCACCUCUACCGGACCUUGCUGGCCGAGGACCGGAGCAGGACGCCGGCCCGGGCAGAGGAUAACCCCCGUCUGCACGAGUCCGACUCUGUCACCAGCCUUGUCGCCAGAAGUUGCCAGCAGACUGGUGGCAGGUGGUCAGUGACCUUUGAUAUGUCCUCCAUUUCAAAGAGCGACACUGUUCAGCGGUGUGAACUUCGCAUCCGCCUCCCUGCCUUCACCGAGUCUCCUCAGGCCUCCGUGGAUGUCUACCACUCCCAGAGAGGCCAGUGCUUUAGCAAGCAGUGCCCAGAGAAGAGGCUGUUUGUUGGCCGCUUGACAGCUCAGCCCAGUGCGAUGGUGUCCCCCUCCUCCUGGAAGGUGUUCAACAUGACAGGGAUGCUCCACAGCUGGCUGCAGCAGGAGAACCCCACAUCAACGCCAGAGGAGGGCAGGCCUGAGGAGACCGAGGAGGAGCAGCAGGACGAGGAGGCAGUUCAACACCCUACAGCCGACCGGGUCAUGAUGGUGGUCUUCUCAAAGAUAAACCAGAACACCGAUGGCCAGCACACUCCGACGCUCAUCCGCACAGCAGAGCACUCCAAAUACGUCACCCUGGACAGAGAGCGAGCGACAGCUGGCUCUACCUCCGGGACGAGGAGCCGGAGAGCCAAGAGGCAUCACCACAGCCAGCAGAGCAGCAGGGUGGCGGGGUCGGCACCUGCCAGCAUCCCCACAGAGGAGAGGAAGGGCCCCCUGUGCAAGAAGGUGGACAUGUGGGUGGACUUUGAGAAGCUUGGCUGGAGCGAGUGGAUUGUCUACCCCAAACGGUACAACGCCUACCGCUGUGAAGGGAGCUGUCCUACACCACUGGAUGAGACCUUCACCCCAACGAACCAUGCAUACAUGCAGAGUCUGCUGAAGCUUCACCACCCAGACAGGGUGCCAUGUCCAUCUUGUGUGCCAACACGCCUGGCACCGCUAUCGAUGCUCUACUAUGAGAACGGAAAGAUGGUUAUGAGGCAUCACGAGGGCAUGGUGGUGGAGGAGUGUGGCUGUCAGUGA